AUGUUAUCUGGAAUGAAUGUGAGUCCAAAAUGGAUUCAAAAUGUUAUUUAUAGAGGUUCCAAAUUACCGGAUCGAUUUACUAUACCCAUUUCGAAUAUGAGUCAAGAAUGGAUUAUUCCAAACCAAUUCCAACAGAAACGCCGCUUCCAUAUAUCCUUCGAGAAACUUGAAUUUAUCAACAUGGUGAGAGUUAGCGUUCUGAAUGAUGCCCUUAAGAGCAUGUACAAUGCUGAAAAGAGGGGGAAAAGACAGGUCAUGAUCAGGCCAUCUUCAAAAGUGAUCAUCAAGUUUCUUAUGGUUAUGCAAAAACACGGUUAUAUUGGUGAAUUUGAGUAUGUUGAUGACCAUAGAUCUGGUAAGAUUGUGGUUGAAUUGAAUGGGCGUUUGAACAAAUGUGGGGUUAUCAGUCCUCGUUUUGAUGUUGGAGUUAAGGAAAUUGAGCCAUGGACUGCAAGACUUCUUCCUUCAAGACAAUUUGGUUACAUUGUGUUGACAACAUCUGCUGGAAUCAUGGACCAUGAAGAAGCUAGGAGGAAAAAUGUUGGUGGUAAAGUGCUUGGUUUCUUCUACUAGGGAUUUAUGGGAUUUUGGUAAUGGUUUGUUAUUAGGGUAGGGAGUGAAAGAAAUUAUAUUUAUGGGAUUUUGUUAUCAAUGGUUUUGAUUUGAUUCAAUCUGUCGUUAUUCAUGUUUUUUUUUUUGCUUUUGAAUUCUGUUAUAAUGUAUGGAUUUUGAUCGACUGAUUCAAAUGGUCUCUUGAUCUACAUAAAUUUUGAAUGCAGCCAUCAAUGUUUGGGAACUACAGGGCAAAAGAGUAAUAAUAUAUUUUUGGAUAUUCAAGUCAA